AUUCCGGCUAUGCGCCGAUGACAGCGUCUUCUAGGUAGUAACACCCAUAGGUGACACCUUAGACUGUAACACCGAUGAUAACCACCCUCUGGCGUUACACGUAUGUUGCCUGGCGACGAGCAGUGGUCAACGAACCAGCUGCGAGCAACUCGGCCGCGCACAGCUGUUUGGGCUCGUGUCAGACUUUACAGGCGGUGCAGGAAGAAGCGUUGAUGCUCUGAGUUGGACCGGUGCCGUUUCUCCACUUGAACUCUUUGCUGGGAUAACCUAGACUAGCUUCCUUUUGUUUAAGAGUUUUACAAAUAACAUUAUGGAGUUGUUCGGAGUGCUGCAUUUGGACGAGCUGUCCCACGGACUGGCAAACUUGUCCAUGUUUCCAUACUUUGACAUGGCGCACUAUGUCGUGUCAAUCAUGGCUCUGAGGGAGCAGCCAGGCGUUCUUGAGGUCUCCAGACUCAGCCCCUUGGCCUGCUGGUUCAGCUCCAUGCUCUUCUGUUUUGGGGGAGCUGUGCUGUCUGCCAUCAUGCUGGCUGAGCCGGCUGUUGCACCUUUGUCCAACAGCACCAGUGUCCUGCUCGCUUCUAUGACCUGGUACCUCGUGUUUUACUGCCCCAUGGACCUGGCGUACUGUUGUGCUGCCCUGCUGCCUCUCAGGCUGGUGCUGUCAGGGAUGAAAGAAGUGACCAGGACAUGGAAGGUGCUUGGGGGGGUCACCCAGGCACACAGCAAAUACACAGACAGUCUACUGGUUAUGAUUGCCAUUGGGUGGGCUAAAGGUGCUGGAGGUGGUCUGAUCAGUAAUUUUGAGCAGCUCGUUCGAGGCGUAUGGAAACCGGAGACCAAUGAGCUCCUCAAAAUGUCUUACCCCACCAAGAUCACCCUGAUCGGGGCGGUGCUGUUUGCUCUGCAGCAGACUCACUACCUGCCUCUCCAGAAGCACCACCUGAUGCUCAUCUACACCCUCUUUACCGUGGUCAACAAGUCAAGGAUGAUGCUGACAGGCUCCUCCGUCUCACCAUUCGCUGCCAUCGAGUCAACCAUCUACAAAACCCUCUUCACCGGCCACUCCCCUUAUGCCGCCCUCACCGCCGAGGUAAAUAAAGCGUGCAUCGAUAAAGGCGCAACCAACGGGACGACUCCCACUGCCACAAUCAAAGGGUCCAAGGAGAAAGGAGCGGCGGGGAAGCACACCCCGGUGUCUCCUGUCAAGGAACAAAGUGGAUCGCUAAAAGCUAAAGAUGAGUCAAAGAACGCAGAAACAACAAACUGCAAGAAGAAAAACUAGUCAGCCUCUCCCCCGUAGCGCCUUUUCACCUCUAAGCAGGGUUGUGGAGUCAUUUCUGAUUCAGACUUGUCAUGUCAGGACUGAAACGUUACGUGUUAUUUUUCUUUUAACAAGAAAUAUGCUGUUGUUCUUCCGUCUAAUUCAUUUCUUAGAAUGCAAUUUAAAUCUGACUGCUGAAAUAGAAUUGCAUUAAGAGCUGGCUCCAACCAACCCUGCACCUUAUUGUGGGAUAAUCACCCGUCCUUAAAGUACUGUGAUAUGUUAUGCUGUUGGAUGUGAACAGCAUACCAUCCCUGGGCUGAUUGCACAUUUGCAAUACAAUGUGUAGCUUAAUUUUUUAAUAUAUAUAUUUAUAAUGAGUACAAUCUGUUGAUCAUUUUAUGUCUGGGUUUGGGGAACAGUGCUGUGCACCUGCUGAUCUAUGAAUGCCUGCUUGAUGUAAAUGCUUUAUAUCCUACUUUGAAAUGGUUAAAAACUAUUUUUUUUAAAGAGAUUAUAUUCUAUGACACUCAGAUAUUUUAUUCUAUUUAUACUAAACAAUUGCACUCUUGAAUGUAUAAGAUUUCAAAAUGGAAGACAAUGUUUUAUUGUGUUCUGUUUCUUUGGCGAAUGCUUUGAAUUACACUUGAAUGCAUGAGAAUAAACAUUAUAAAAUGUG